AAUUUCAAGCCGUUAUCAAUCAUCACAAUUCAUUCGCUUGAUUUCCUCCAGGGUUUCCGAAGGUUUCGAUCAAUGGCGACUAUUAAGAAACCAGACCCACUUCACACUCUCUCAACACCCAAAAGUAAAACCAACAAAAUAACACCCAUUGAAUGCUUAGAUGAUGAUGACGACGACGGCACCCCUCUUAGACCCAUCUUCUGUUUGAAGCGAAAAUCCGCCAUUAAAGAGUUUGAUGAUAAAGAAGAUUGCUUUAUUCUUGAUUUCAAUCCAGAAGAGGAUGAUCUGGAUCUUUCAGGUAUCGAAAAGGGUCGCCUGAACAAUGUUCAAGAUUCUCCGGAUGUGUUUCUGGUUGCUGAAAAAGGGCAGGUGGCUUGUAGAGAUUAUCCCCAUUCGAGACAUUUGUGUGUAAAGCAUCCUUUUGAGAAGACAUCACAUGAAAGCUAUUGUAAAUUGUGCUACUGUUUUGUUUGUGAUGUUGCUGCACCUUGCAAGUUAUGGUCUGGGGUUUCUGGCCAUUGUCAUGCUAUUGACAAUGAAGGUUGGAAGGCUGCUAGGAAAAGUUUGAGAAGGAGCUGCAAAUCAUGAACAGACGUCUGCCUGCGUUCUUUCAUACAUAUGCUUUUGUUUCCUCUUCAUAUUCUCUCAGUGACCCAACCUAAUCUCAUUGCCUCGGGUUUGGAUUGCUUACUUGUGGGUGGUUUUGGGUAAUAGUCUUUUGAUUAUAUCUAGUAUUUCUCGUCUUGGUGAUCAACUUAACGAAUGUUGAUUAAGCAAGAUUGUUGAUGAUGAGAACAUGAACUUUAUUCUUCCUCUCCUUCAAAAGUGUAUAAAACCUUAAUGAAAGCCUUUCAUAAGAAAUGUCAACGUGGAGUGACAAUUGUUCUGCCCAAC